AUGUCAUACGUAGUUCGAAAAUUAUAUUGUUACGUUAUCGAGCCACCGAUAAUAGAAGAAUCUCAAAAACAACAAUGGGAAGAAAAAGAAAAUAAACGUCGUAUUGAACUCGAACGAAAACAGCAAAUGCAGAUAUUGAAAUCAUUGAAUAACAUACAAUGGCAAGAUCGAGUACCACAACAACAUGGAAUAACUGAGUUGACUUAUCGAUAUGAUGAGUAUACAAGAAAUAAUAUGAAUGCGUUACUAAAACUUUUACGUCGUUUGUUAUGCGAAUUUGUUGGUACGUUUUUGUUAGUAUUAGGUCAUGCAAGUUUGAGAAUACAAAUGAAUUUAAAACGUAUGUCAGCUAUCGAGCAUGCAAUAGCCAACGGAUUGAUCAUUGUCAAUUUGAUCUACUCCUUGGGAAGUUUAUCAGGUGCACAUUUUAAUCCCGUUGUUACGCUUAUAUUUUCUUUAAGAAGGACAUUUCCAUUUAGUUGGCUACCGUUUUAUUAUGUAGUUCAAUUUCUUGCUUCAUUAUCAGCUGGUGAUCUUAUAGCUGUUUUAUUCAAAGAAAAUGCUUAUUAUGGUACGAAUUCGGUCGAUCAUAUGCUGCUGUCGGCGGAUGUUGGAGGUUUUGGAUGGGAAGUCAUUUUGUCGUUUAUUUUAAUGUUUGUUAUUUUACAAACAUCAACACGUGGAAGCAUUAUUGGACCUCUGGCAGCAUUUAGCAGUUGGAUCUAUUAUUAUAUUUAA